AUGGCCGUGUCCCUCGGAGGGAUCCCCGCUGAGCUGCAAGAGGGCAUCACCACCUUCCUGGGGACAAAGAAGGUGGUCCUGGUGAUGAGCGUCCAGCUGCAGGUGAAAUCCAAGUACGACGACUAUAUCUUGGUGCUGACGCCCUGGCGAGCCUACGUGCUGUCAGUGAUGCUGCCAGUGAGGGUUGUCAUAGAAACGGAUGCAGCAUCUUACGCCUUCCGGUUCAUGUCCUUUGAUGAUUUGGAGCAAGUUGUCAUCCAUGUCACCAUGUCACUUAAGAAGGUCUUUCCAGACUCAUCCCCUGGGACACUGCUCAAGAAUUCCCCCCCCAACCUCUACGAGAGGAUCCGGCGGAUCACGGACUCGCUGGAGGAAAUGCUGCAGAGCAGCCCCGGGCCCUGCGGAGGGUUUUCGCUGACCUACGCUGCUUUAUGUGAUUACAACGGCUUUGCCUUCCGCGAGGAGAUCCAGUGGGACGUGGACAACAUCUACCACAGCCAGGACUGCCGGGAGUUCAACCUGCUGGACUUCAGCCACCUGGAGAGCCGAGACAUGGCACUGAGCGUCGCCGCCUUGUCCUUCAACCUGUGGUUCACCAAGCUCUCCUGCAAGGACUUCAGGCUGAACCAGGAGAUUUCGGAGCAGCUGCUCUACAUGCUCAGCAAAUCGGUGAUGCUGGAGGAGCUGGUGCUGGAAAACAGCGGGUUGAAAGCUGACUUUGUGCAGAGGAUGGCCCAGGCGCUCAGCAACCAUCCCGACUCUGUCCUGCACACCAUCAACCUUGCUGGCAACCAGCUGGAAGACAGAGGGAUCGUUGCCUUCAGCCGGCACGUGGAGAAGAGUCCCAAGGGUCUGCAGAGCCUCAGCUUGGCUAGGACGAUGCUCACUGCCAAAGGGAUGAGCACGUUAUGCAAGGCCCUCGCAGAUAACAAAGCCAUCGGAUCCUCCCUCCGGCACUUGGACCUCUCCGGAAACCCCGGCACCCUCGCUGGGGACGACAGCAGCAAUCUGCAGAGCCUCCUGCGCCGGUGCCACUCGCUCUCCCACCUCAGCCUGGCCGGCACGGACUGCCCUUUGGACGCUCUUUUUGGAGCCCUGGUCCACGGAUGCCACACCAGCCUCAUCCAUCUGGAUCUCUCCAAAAACGUGUACUCCCACAAGAGGGUGAAAACCAUCUCCCCUGACAUCAAGGAGUUUUUCAGCCAGGCCUGUGCCCUCAGGCACGUCUCCCUGGCAGGUACCAAGCUGCCAGCGGAUGCUGUAAGGGAGUUGCUGCAAGGGCUGGCAGACAACAGUCACAUCAGUGACCUGCACCUGGAUCUUAGCAACUGCGAGCUGAGAUCAGCGGGGGCCCAGGUCAUCCAGGAUCUCAUCCCUCACGCCAGCUCCAUCAGCGACCUGGACUUGUCUGACAACGGCUUCGACCCCGACAUGGUGACGCUGGUGCUCUCCAUCGGCAGAAGCAAGUCCAUUAGGCACGUCUCUCUGGGGAAAAACUUCAACAUCAAAUCCAAGGAUGGGCUGUUGGAUGUCCUGCACCGCAUCGUCCAGCUCACCCAGGAGGACGACUGCCCUCUCCAGUCCCUGUCCGUGGCCGAAUCGCGCCUCAAGCUGGGAACCAACGUCCUGCUGAGUGCCCUGGGCAGUAACACCAGUCUCAUCGCUCUGGACAUCAGCGGCAACGCCAUGGGGGACACGGGGGCCAAGAUGCUAGCCAAGGCCCUGCAGAUCAACACGAAGCUCAGGACCGUGGUUUGGGACAGGAACAACACAACCGCCCAUGGGCUCCUGGAGGUGGCUCAAGCUUUGGAGAGGAAUUACACCCUCAAGUCGAUGCCCUUGCCGAUGAGCGACGUGGCGCAGGCGUACCGCAGCAACCCCGAGAAAACGGAGGAGGCGGUGCACAAGCUCCAGUCCUGCCUGACGAGGAACCAGCUGCGGCGCACGCUGCCCACGCAGACCUUCCGCCUGCAGCAGGGCAUCCUCACCACCUCUUCCGAACAGAUGGUGAACGAGAUCUGUCUGAGCGUGCAGAAGCAUGUCGACAUCCUCAGCGCCUGCCCGGGCCGGGAGGCGGAGGCGGACAUCCUCUGCGCAGAGGAGGCCAUCAGGAACGCCAACCUCUCCGUCAGCAUCCUGCCCCUCUUGUACGAAGCAGGAAACACCCCGUACCAGAACGGCAAGCUGCAGCACAAGCUGGAGUGUCUCACAGAGGAAGCGUCGCAGACCUGCGGCCGGGAGAUCCAGGCGAUCAUGCAGGCGGCGCUGGACACGGCGCACAGCCUCUGCCCGGCCGUGGUGCAGAAGAGCGGGAUCAGGGACCAGCUGGUCAACGCCAUGUCGGAGCGGAUCUACCUCCAGGACCACCUCAACCUCAGCGCCGUCCUGGACCAGAUGAUCACCGACGUCUUCAGCAAGCUCAAGUGGGCAGAGAGCCUCCCCAAGCAGGGGCUCGCCCUCCAGGCGCUGCUGCCGGAGCUGGCUGAGGACGAUGCCACCGCACCGGCGAGGGGCAGGAAUCCUCCGGACCUCACCACGGAGGAGUACACGAUGGCCCUGCGGAGGAAGAACAAGCAUUUCAGGAGCAUUCGGCCCACGCCAACCGUGCAGCCCGUGGCCUGUGAGAACAGCGAGGACAGGAGCAUCACCCGCGUGGACGAGGGGCUGGAGGACUUCUUUGCCAAGAGGCUCAUCCCAGAGGAGCUGCCGGCUGUGUCUGUCCUGCAGAAGAGGCACCUGGAGAAGAGCGAGGGGGAGCUGCCCGGCUCCUUUGAGCAGCGCAUGCAGGUCAUGCUCCACCGCAUCGGUGUCACCAAGGGCCCGGCCGCCGAGGGCAAGAAGCAGCAGAGCAAAGACAGCGAGAUCAAGAAAGCCGGCUCAGAUGGGGACAUCGUGGACAGCUCUGCAGACUCUCCCCCCUCCCUGAAGGCCCGUACGCACUCCGUGUCCACAGCGCUGAGGGUGCUGGCCUUCGACAGGUCAUGUCCCCAGCACGUCUGGAGCCAGGGUCUCUGCAGCCAGGCCAACCCACUCAGCAGUCCCCUCGGGGACUGA